AUGGGCUUGAUACUAUCACACCUAGGCAAAGGGAGUGGUGAUGCAGUGGUGCCAGAUUUAUAUCUUGACCUUGAAAAUGCCGAACCUACUCAAGCAGAGCUCGGCUUACAUGGCCAUGUAUCAGCACUACUCCAGCCAACAGAUUCUCUCCUGGAUUCCUUACGACGAUACGAUGGGUGCGGAGAGCUCAUCCGAAAAGCAAUAUCAAAUCCAACACCUGAAAACGAAGAAGAAGCUUGGCAAGCUGUUCAACCUGCUGUCGCAAAGCUAAAGCGUUAUUUUGAAUAUUCAGCGUCAUUGGAGAAUGCAUUACCUGAACUGUUAAAAGCACUUUGUGAAGGCAAUGUGCGGAAAAAUAUUGAGACAUAUCAAGCACUCACAAAAUUAUUGGCAAAUAUACUGGAUUUUUCGUUCGAAUUUGAUUAUUCGAAGAUGAAAACACCAUCUAUCCAAAAUGAUUUUUCAUACUAUCGGCGUACAUUAAGCCGAGGGAAACUUGCAAACGAAACGGAUCUGAAAACUUCCAUGAUUGAGGAUGAAUUGGCCAAUCGGAUUUCAUUAUUUUACGCAUAUCCAACGCCGAUGCUAAAAACUGUAACGGAUGUUACGGCACUCUUUGUUGCCAAGAAUAAUUUGGGUAGAAGCGUUUCGGAAUGUUUAUCUGGAUUGGCGGCAGGAUGUUAUCAUGCAGUAACAAAGAAAAGAGUUCAAUCAUCAGAAACAGUCGCUUUUUGUCUACGGGUGAUGGUCGUAGCCAUUAUUCUUUAUGAUCAUAUUGACCCACAAGGAGCUUUCAAUCGACAAUCUCUCAUUAACGCUAUACAAGCACAUGGUACUACCGAAUAUUCGAAUCUCAUGUCUGCUCUACGAUUCAAUACCAAACAUCUGAAUGAUGACUCGACGCCGAAAAACAUAAAGCAACUAAACAUUGUUAAAUCGGUUGGGCUCGGUGACUUGACGCAGAUUCAGGUUGAGAAUGAAAAGAUUGAAUUUGAUCCUGAAACCUAUAAUAAUAUCUCGAUCAUCGUGAGAGGUCAUAUGCACGGAUCCAUCACAUUGUUGCGAGAUGAUCAUGAAUCAAAACGAUGCAGAAUCAAUAACAAGAUUUACGUGACCGAUGAUUACAUUCGAGUUACAAUAACCCCUGUAUACACGGAUAAUCAACUAAUAUUAACCAUAGAGGGACCGCGAGAAUAUACCAAAAUUAAACAUGAAACUGAAGUUAUAUUCCCGCAUGGUUUACAAAGUAUCCGAAAUUUUUACAUAGAAAGUGAAAACUCGAAUGUCGACGCAUAUGCACUACCAACUUUAUUCUUUGAACGAUAUCAAAUCAAUAGUACCAAUGGACAUAUUGAUUCACGGUUACUUAAAGCUACAAAUAUUAAUCUAAAAACAACCAAUGGGAAUAUCACGGGUUCCUAUCAACCUCUUGCAGGCUUCACCGCUGAAUCUUCGAACGGCUCGAUCGAUUCAAGUGUCACAUCGUCGUCACAACCAUCUUCGAUUGACCUACGAACAACCAAUGGGGCCAUUAAAGGUUUUUAUCGAAUGGGGAGCAAUUUCGCGGCAAAGACCACCAAUGGAGCUGUUACUGUUCAAGGUCACUUGAAAGCAGACGAACAAGUCAAUGCUAGAAUUGGAUCAACUAAUGGCAUGGUGUCGUUGACUUUGUCAAAAAUCUAUAAAGGUCGAUUCCAACUUGAAACCUCAUGGGGACCAACCAACGUAUCAGAACUUGUUGACGUGAAUUUUGAUUCUUAUACUCGUAGCGUGAAAACCGGCGUAAAGGGUACCGCUUCAUUGGGUAAUAACAUAAAAUUGAAUACUAUGAAUGGUGGGGCACGAUUGGAAUUUAUUUAG